AUGGCCAUGAAAUUCAAUAUUUUUGGUGUUGCCUUGGACUUUGAUAUUUACAGUAUUGCAGCAUUUUUUACUCCUACUGCUAAUAUCGCUGCUAGUAUCAACUCCAUUCCUAUGCUAAAUGGCAUGAAUUUUAAGGCAUGGCAGGAAAGUGUAAUGAUUACUCUCGGAGUCAUGGAUCUAGACCUUGCAUUAAGAGUUCCCAAACCUGCUAAUCUCACUGAUAAUUGUACCUCUAAUGAAAAGAGGGAGAUGGAAAAGUGGGAAAAGUCUAAUCGCAUAAGUCUCAUGGUCAUUAAGUGUGCCAUUCCAGAAGCUUUUAGGGGCACCAUGUCUGAUCAGGUGGAUACAACUAAAGCUUUCCUUGAGGACCUUGAGAAGAGAUUUACUAAGAAUGAAAAGGCUGAAACUAGUACAAUCUUAGCAAAGCUCAUCUCUAUGAGGUACACAGGCAAAGGAAAUAUAAGAGAGUACAUUAUGGAAAUGUCUGAUCUUGCUUUAAAAUUAAAGGCACUCAAGUUGGAUUUAUCUGAAGACUUGUUAGUGCAUUUGGUUUUGAUAUCCCUUCCAGGAUAG